AUGUCACCAAUUGCCCACGAUGUCACAGUCGACGGUCACUCGGACCCCAAACAGGGGUCCGUUGAUGAGAAAGGCGCAGUAAGUGUGGCAGCGAAAGGGGAAACAGCCCCUAGCGACGAAGACGAUCGGAAUAGCGAGGAUGUCAUUAUCGUGACUGGUGCCGAUGCAGCGCAGCACUUGUUGCCUCUUCGGGAUGACUUUGACAGCGCCUUGACUCUUCGCAGCAUCGUGCUGGCUUCGGGGUUUGCAUGUUUCCAGGCUGUGAUGAACCAGAUAUACCAGUUCAAACCCACCUUGGUCACAAUUCAAGGAACCUUUAUCGUUUUGCUUUCCUACUUCGUUGGCAAUGCUUGGGCCAAUCUAUUGCCCCGCGGCGAUAAACUUGAGGCUCGCUGGAGAGCGAAAGGUAACCAAGGCAAGCUUCCCGUAUGGCUAUCAGUUGUCAAAUUCAUAAAUCACGGGCCCUGGUCAUUGAAAGAACACUCGAUAUGCGCAAUCACCGCGGCAUCGGCCUCCAACGUUGCCUCCGCCUCGACCGUAUUCGCAGCACAAAACCUCUUCUAUGACCUCCCUUUGAGCGCGGCAACGGUCAUUCUUAGUACCAUAUCUAUCGGAUUGUUUGGGUAUGGGCUAUGUGGCAUAAUGCGCCCGAUAGCCGUUUGGCACACUGAAGCAGUUUACUGGAGCACAUUGCCCACCGUAAAGACUCUCCAGGGGCUUCAUUGGCAGCAAGUGAAGAAUUCCAAGCCACUGAGAUGGUUUUGGUAUGCAUUCACGGGCAUGUCAAUCUACGAAAUUAUCCCUGCUUACAUUUUCCCGUGGCUGAAUUCGGUUUCCAUUCCGUGCUUGGCUGCCCAGAAGGCGACCGGAAGCAAAGCUGCUGUGUUAACAAAUCUCUUCGGUGGAGCUAGCACCAAUGAGGGUCUAGGCCUUUUCUCUCUCUCUUUUGACUGGCAAUAUAUCACAUCGUUCCAAACAUCCCUGCCUUUGUCACUUCAAGUCCACCAGGCGGUGGGGAUCGGCGCCUGUUUCAUUUUCAUGCUUGCCAUCUACUACGGCAAUGGGUGGAAUGCACGAUCUCUUCCAUUUAUGUCGACAAAGUUGCUUAACGCCAACGGAACUUCAUAUCCUGUAGAUAGCGUGUUUCCAGGGGGCGUGCUCGACGAGGCCCAAUUGGCGCAACAUGGAACUCCGCACCUAACAGGAACGUUUGCCUGGUCGUUGUUUUGCGCGAACGCUGCUAUUGGAGCUUUGAUCGUCCAUUGCAUUCUCUUUUGGGGCAAAGAUAUUCGACGGGCCUAUAAGAGUGCAAGGGAAGGCCGAUACGACGAUCGGCAUCAUGACCACAUGGCCAAACACUAUAAAGAGACACCGUGGUGGUGGUAUGCUUUUGUGCUUCUCGGCAGCUUCAUCCUUGGUUUGGUUGUUGUCAUCAAAGAGAAUAUCACACUGCCUGUUUGGGCUUAUGUGAUCUCACUGGUUGUUGGAAUCAUCAUUGCGCCCUUCAGUGUCAUUCUCUACUCUCGUUAUGGUAACGGAAUUGCCACCAACAACCUUUCGAAGAUGCUGGCUGGUCUGAUCAUCCCCGGAAAGCCAGUAGGCAACAUGUACUUUGCUGCCUGGUCCCACAACGUGAUAUCCAACGCUGUAAAUCUAUCCAACGACCUCAAAAUGGGCGAAUAUCUGAAAAUACCUCCUCGCAUCAUGUUUCUGACCCAGAUGUAUGGCACUAUCCUCGGUGGCUUCAUCAACUACGCCGUCAUGAUCUCAAUCGUGACUUCCAAUCGCGAGCUGUUGGUAGAUGGCAACGGCAAUUCCUCCUGGAGCGGAGCCACGAUCCAGGCCUAUGUCAGUAAUGCGACCUCUUGGGCUCUCUCGCCUUAUCUAUACAAGAUUGGUGGCCGAUAUUCUCUUGUCCCGAUUGGUAUCGCGGUGGGUGCAGGAGUUGUCAUUGUACACCGCUUCUUUUACAAAUUGCUUCCCCGCAUCGGAUCCGUGGAUGUGGCAGAAAUCAACAUGGCCCAGUUCAUCCAAUACGCCGGUUACAUCCCCUACAACCAGAGCCAGACCUGUGUCAUCUUCAGUUGGAUUCUCUCCGGCUUCUUCAUUCAGUUCUUUCUGCGCAACUAUCAUCCAAAGAUAUUCAAGGACUACUCAUACCUCGUGACGGGUGCUUUUGACGGGGCCAGUCUCACGGUGCUCUUCAUCUUAUCCUUUGCUGUUUUCGGGGCCGGCGGAAAGUCACACCCAUUCCCCUCGUGGUGGGGCAAUAAUGUCGAUGGGAACUACGACUGGUGUCCGGUUCCUGAUUCUUGA